UUCCAUUUCCGGGUCCAAGUUGGCUUCGACCGUAAUUCGAGAAUUAAGAAGCCAACGGCCCGAAAUAAAACAUAAGAAACGCCGCCGCCGCCGCCGCCGCCGCUUCUCAUCACUCUCCGCAAAAAAAAAAAAAAAAAAAAAAAUGGCCGCCGCCGCUGCCACCACAUUCUCAGAACUCUCCGCUUUCAAACUCGUCUCUUCCCGCCCCAAUUCUUCCUCUCUCACUGUUUUCUCCUCCCUCAAACUUCCCUCCGCUACUAAUUCUCCAAACUAUUCCUUCAAAGCCUUGAAAUCCCAGCUCAAUCCCCAACGGCACCACCGCAUCACUAGCCCUCUCCGUUCCACCACAACCACCCCCGACGCCGCUUCCACUGUCACUACAUUCCACGGGCUCUGCUACGUUGUGGGCGAUAACAUCGACACUGACCAAAUCAUCCCCGCCGAGUACCUCACUCUCGUCCCCUCCAACCCCGUUGAGUACGAGAAGCUUGGUUCUUACGCCCUCAUUGGCCUUCCAUCUUCGUACGAAACUCGCUUCAUUGACCCGGGGGAAAUCAAAUCCAAAUACUCCAUUGUUAUUGGGGAAGAUAAUUUCGGCUGUGGCUCGUCGCGAGAGCAUGCCCCUGUAGCCCUAGGUGCCUCCGGGGUGGCUGCUGUUGUAGCCGAGUCAUAUGCUCAGAUUUUCUUUAGGAAUUCUGUCGCCACUGGGGAGGUUUAUCCAGUGGAGUCGGAGGGAAGGCUGUGCAAGGAGUGUAAGACUGGGGACGUUGUGACCAUUGAGCUUGGGGAGAGCGACAGCAAGUUGAUUAAUCAUACCUCUGGCAAGGAGUAUAAGUUGAAGCCAAUUGGGGAUGCUGGGCCUGUGAUUAAGGCUGGUGGAAUUUUCGCCUAUGCAAGAAAGACUGGGAUGAUUCCUUCGCGCUAAACCUCAGGGCUGGAUUUUCCAGGGACAUAACGGGUAUAUUGGAAAAAGGGUACUAGUAGAAAUCAAUCAUCUUGAUUCCGGAUCAGUCCCAUAAGACCAUUUUGGAAGGAGAACGACGAGGGGAACAAUACUCACCGCUACACCGUGAUGUACGUUGAAUUUCAGCCGUUCGAGUUCGUUUAGACCUCGAAAACUGAUUUUUAAAGUUUUAGCGCUAUUUUUGUCAAUUCGUUUAUUUUCUUUUUUUACAAUUCUAGUUUGAUUAUACUUCUUUUCAUUACUUUUAGUUGUUCUAAACUACGUUUCCAUGUAAACCCUUAGGCUUAGCUCGUUUUUUUUUAUUAUCUUUUCAUUAAUAAAUUCGUAAGUUUAUUUUCUUUAUUA